AUGUGUUUCAACUGUUUAUCCUCUACACAUCUAACGUCAGAAUGCAAUUCUACUUAUGGAUGUCGUGUUUGUGGAAGGCGACACCAUACGCUUUUACAUACGGACAAAAUAGAUUCACUCCCACCGCAACCUACUGGACCGCAGCAUAAUGAUACUCGCCAGGCUGAUAAAGAUGAAUUCGCUCCCAUAAGCAGAACCGAAGACGUCCCUCAUGUGGCACGUCAAAUUGUACUUUCAACAGCCGGUCGAGGCCGAUUAAAUGUGCUUUUAGGCACUGCCAAAGCUCUUAUUCGCGACAAAAACGGGAAAUGGCAUUCCUUCCGCAUGGUGAUAGAUAGCGGAGCACAACGAUCGUUCAUUACCACCGAUCUUGCAGACAGGCUGGGCCUUAAACGACGGUCCAAUCCCCAUGGUUUCUGUGGAUUGGGGGAUAACCCAAUAAGCGGAGGAGAGACUCAGGUGGCUUGCACGAUUUCGGCUGCCCAACAAACCUCCCCUACCCUGUUCACCGAUGCCGUAGUCGUACAACGGAUUAGUUCUCCUCUGCCCUCAUACAAGCUGGCCGAAGACGUGAUUUCAGGAUUCAAAGAUCUGCAUUUAGCCGAUUCUACUUUCGGGCAGCCAGGUCCCAUUGAUUUUCUACUAGGGGCUGAUCUAUUUCCAUACAUUCUUGAUAGUGGAUUCAACAAAAGACCCACUAAUUGGCCGGCAGCGAUUUCAACGGUGUUUGGGUGUGUCAUCAUGAGUCGUUUACCAAGCACCCAUCAUGAUACACCUGACCGAAUGCUCAUAGCAACUGUAGUCACUACGCCAACAUUAACAGAAGUCCUGGAGCGGUUUUGGCAGAUUGAGGAAGUUACAGCGACCAAUCGGGUAAAUCCGCGUGACGCGUAUUGUGAGGAACAUUUCGUAAGCACACAUCAACGCGAUCCGUCCGGAAGAUACGUGGUGCGACUUCCCUUCCAUACGCUUCCGCCAGAAUUUUAUAAUUCGCGAACUACAGCCAUGAAUCGGCUCCAUAGGCUGGAAUGCAAAUUAGAAAAGGACCCGAAUUUAAAAUCCGCGUACGACAAAGUUAUAAAGGAAUACCUCUCACCUGGCUACGUCGACUCUAUUGAUACUCCGGGACGAUAUUUUCUUCCGCACCAUGGAGUAAUAAAGGACAGCGCUUCAACCCGUUUGCGAAUAGUUUACGACGCUUCGGCUCCAACCUCGUCCGGAUCUCUUAAUGAUUAUAUGUGUCCUGGUCCAAAACUUCAAAACGAUAUAAAGGAUGUCAUGCUAGCAUUUCGUCUGCACCCAUUUGCACUGGUAGCCGACAUCUGCCAGAUGUAUCUGCAGAUCAUAUUACAUCCGGAAGAUCGCGCCUUCCAACAUUUCGUGUAUCGUUUUAACAUCAACGAUGCGAUUCAGGACUUCAGGCUUAACCGAGUUACAUUCGGACUGAAUUGCUCUCCCUUUCUCGCUAUACGCACACUGCAUCAGCUCAUAUUAGAUGAAGGUUGGAGAUAUCCUCAAGCAUCCCACGUGCUGAUGAAUGAUAUUUAUGUUGAUGACAUAUUAACUAGCGUGCGUUCUCUUNGACGAUAUUUUCUUCCGCACCAUGGAGUAAUAAAGGACAGCGCUUCAACCCGUUUGCGAAUAGUUUACGACGCUUCGGCUCCAACCUCGUCCGGAUCUCUUUAA